UAUUAUCAACAACUAACUCACACAGAUCAGUGUUUAUUAUUUCGCAUCGAAUAUUUAACAAGCCAAUUGAUUAGCGCUAAAUAUAUUUGUGAGAGCGUGUUCGUUCAGCCGUGCGAGCUAGCACGCUGGCAAUCUAGCCAAUUGAUUUGAGUGUGCGAUGAUAAUAGUUUGGCGUGGAACACUCAAUUUCAAACAUCGUUUCGUUAACGCGUAGUUUUCGCGUUCAUUCCCCUUGAUUCUCUCGGUGUUUUUUUGGGUUUUCGCCGCUCGUUCUUCUGGGAAUUAUUUUAUCGUACAGCAUCUGCAUCUCGGGUAAUUCACUCAAAACACACUGCUAUUUAUAUACGUGAUUCGUGCAAAAAAGCUGCUCACAAAAUGUCAUUUGACGUCAGAAGGUCUUGAAACAUUCGCAUGUACAUCAGUAUGUAUGUAUGUAUAUAAAGUGUACAUGAGUGGGAACGGGCGAGAGCGAUCGAGAGAGCAGCAGCAGUGUUGCCGUAUAAGCUACAUUCUGAACAAAAAUUAAUUAAAAUUUAAAGAAAACACGGCAGAAUAUUAAAUUUAAAGAAUUUAAGUGAAUUUUGCUGCUUCACUUCAGCAUUGAAACACGGCAAGGAAACCAUUUAAUAAAAUCCAUCAGCAAAAAAUAACAAACAAUAACCAUUUGCCUUACAAAAUUCUUUGAAUUCACCCCUACUUGAAAUUUUAAAAAAUAUAUAUAUUUCAAGCAUGCUAGAUCUACCCCAAAACACGCCAAGCUGGCAACACCGUUCGGUAUUGAGUUGAUAUUUCGGCUGUGGCUAUAUAUUCGCUUGUAGUCAAGCGCACAUGAGUCAGAUUAACAUUUCGCUUUUGUUCAGUUCAGUUGCUGAGUCCGAAGAUACUCAGAUACUCGCUGCCAGCCGAACCGUACUGAAGUCGACUACUCCUCAUGUGCGUACUCACGUAUAAAGCAGUUAAAAAUGUGCAAACAUACCACCAUAUGUAUGUGGUGAAGAGUGCCAGCAUUAAUCGCAUUUUUCUUCUGCACGACGACUAGAAAAUCGCGUGAAAACAGCGGAACUUAAUGUAUUGUGUAAGUUCAUUGGCGGUGAAAGAUGAAAAGUGUCAUUCCUAAAAAUACACCUCCUCGUCGUCGUCGGGAAUAAGUCGCAUAAGGUCGGUCUCGGUAGCAUAGCCAGUCGCCACAAAGGAAGCAUAGUGCGCAGCAGGCCAGCGCCAUCAUGACAGUGACUAACUCACCACCCAAAAAGGCAGCCCAAGUACAGAAAAUCGAUAUUCUAGUCGCGCUGUAACGCCGUGCAAGAGUGUGCCUACCUGAGCUCAGGCACAAAGGCAGCGAACCGACAUUAGUAUACCGAAAACCUUCUUCCGCUCUGAAGAUACAGAUACUCUGUACGCUGGCCUGGACUAUGCCCAUAUCAAUAGCAUAUCGUGUAGCUCCGCUGCUGCGAAACCAUCUGUGAUACGUGUACCUAAAACUAAACAUAAAAUCAUACAUAAAAACCUAGAGUUUCCGAAAUGAACUAGCCUGAACCGAUCGCUACUGCUUCUGGGAAAUUAACCAUGCGUCUUGUCCGCAGUAAAUGUUGUCAACGUGAUGUAUCCGACUAUCUGACCACCAGCUCCUCCUCCACCUCCACCUCCACCACGCACACCGAGGUCCACACCAAAAAUAUCUUUACGCGCUACUGGGACGGCCACAUAAAAAUGAAAGAGUCAACGAGCGAGGAAAAGGCCAGGGGCAAAACCAUCGCCUCCACGGUAACAGCGACACCAACACCUGCCAAAAAUACCACCACUGCUGCAACUACUCAGAGCGUCACCUUCGUUCGGAGCAAUGCACCAGCUGUUUGCGACGCCAACGGGAAUCCCAGGGUGGCUGAGAGCGAGUGGACAUUCCCCCCGAAGGCGCCAACUCCGCACAUCUACAAUUGCCUGAGCCCCGACAUGAUGGCGGCUUGUGAUAAAAACAGCUUUAAAGGUUUUCGCAAGCAAUUCAGUGGACGGUUUAAGCGCUUAGUGACUCGAAAAGUGGAACACACUCCAGUGAUACCUCCAGAAUUGAAGCCGCAACUUAAAACAAUUUACGUUUAUUAACUUAAGAUGCAACGACUAUUUGCAAGCACAAGUGUUUUCCUCAAUGUCUGCAUACGUACACCAACCACCAACAGCAACACCACCACCACCACCUGUGUAUCUAUAAAUGGCAGGAAACAUUAGUGAUAGGAGAAGCAAGAUAUUUUUAAGUUAUCAUAAUACCAUUCUGAUUGACAAUUUUAAGUAUUCAGCGAUUCGUGCGUAUUGUUAGGCUCAAUAAAAGAAAAGAACAUUUCAUAAGACAGACAGCGACAACGUUUUAAUGGACUCGGCUCCCUGGGUUAAACACUAGACAUAUCACAUAAGUUUAGCGGCAACCUUUUAUGUUAAUAUUCUUUGAUGUUUCAACUAUGUCCUACUUGUGUUAAACUUUAUGUGCUUACCGAACUAAAACAUUAAAAAGAUGUAACAAGAGUUCCCUCACUGCGUCCCAACACUAACUUGUAUUUAAAUUAUGAUUAAAGUUUAAAAAGAA